GAUGAGUGUAGUUGGUGUGUGUUAAUGCAACAGUCACUGUUUAUAAGACUCAGUAGAAGCCACUUUUAAGGGUCAAGAAUUUCUUAGCACCAAAGCCAAGAGACCAAAAAGACUAAAACAAUGAUGCACUCAUUCAAGUGUGAUGUGUGACUCAGAGUCUCUUCUUAGCUUACAAACUUUCAACCCACAAGACAUGCACACCUUCUGAUUCCUCUCCAAUUCAGCCAAUUUCCAAGUCUAGUGGAUUAUUGUUCCAAGAGGUCAGAAAACAAUGAAUUGUUCAUCAUGGGGGACUUCAGAAUCCAGAAGUUUGAGCUUAAAAGUGGAUUUUCUGCCACAACAAUGCCACAGGAGCAAAACGUUGAGCUUUCAAUUCCAAGAACAGGAUUCAUCUUCGAUUCAUUCGGGUCAAUCUUCUACUAGACUUGGUUCAGCACAAUCCGGUGAAAUGUCUGUUCAGCAUAGUUCUACUGGUUCAACACCUCAGCACAGGUCAUUUAUGCAGAAUCAUGAUUUCACCUUCCCUCCUCCACUACUGGAUCACAGCCAAACACUUGCUCACUAUGCUGAUCCAGGCUAUAGCAACCUUAUGGCUUCUUCAUAUGUUCCACAGUCUAUGCCAGUGGAAGCUACUCCUAUUAGAAUUCCUCUGCAACUGGACAUUAAAGAAGAACCCAUAUAUGUGAAUUCAAAGCAGUACCAUGCAAUUCUGAGAAGAAGACUGUACCGAGCAAAACUUGAAGUACAAAACAAACCCAUCAAGGAUCGAAAACCUUAUCUUCACGAGUCCCGCCAUCUACAUGCAGUGAAUAGAGCAAGAGGUGCUGGUGGACGCUUUCUCAACACUAAAAAGCUUCAACAAUCAACUCGUACUCUUGGAAAUACUGCAGAAUCUAACAUGCAUAAAAUAGAAAACUACAGAGAUGGUGAUAAUGCAACAUAUGCAUCUAACACUGCUGCAAGAAAUAUGCAGAAUUAUACAUCUGAUAAGGGUGGUGGCACCACUCAUCAGCAGCCUCUAUUUGUCUACAUGUGAAUGACUAAACCAGUCUGCUUGUGUUCCAUUGGGAAGUCAUCCUUGGCUCAUAUUCAUUACACUGUUGCUGUUUAUUAUUGUUUGUUUUGAUUUCUCUCGACACUGACAUGGACCUGUUAAAGUUGUUUUGAACUGAUUUGUCAAUAACAGUGUUUUUCUAUGCUGCAACAUGUCUUGUUGAAAUUCGUUUACGUGGCUUCUGAUGUUUGGUUUCUCCA